CCUUAUUGAAGCCAAGAAGAAACUCAGUGUGCUAAUAGACAACAAUGUCUAACAUACACACUGCAACAAAGAGCAUGACAAUGUUGUCAAGUUAUUUCCAUUCCCUCUCCCAAACACCUCACAGGCUUAGAAGAAGAAUGCUAGCUACUUGGACCCCAGAUCAGGAAUUCAACCAAGUGAGACAAAGGUCUGGGGCAGACAUGAAAAGGAAGCUCAAUUGGUAUGAUCUGGUAGCACUUGGAGUUGGAGGAAUGCUUGGUGUUGGAGUGUUUGUCACAACUGGUCCUGUAGCCCUUCAUCACUCUGGUCCUUCAGUCUUCAUAUCCUAUAUCAUAGCAGGAAUAUCAGCCCUUCUUUCCUCUUUGUGUUACACUGAAUUUGCUGUUCAAGUCCCAGUUGCUGGAGGAGCUUUCUGUUAUUUAAGAUUAACCUUUGGAGAAUUCUUGGGAUAUUUUGCUGGGGCAAAUAUAUUAAUGGAAUAUGUGUUCUCAAACGCUGCCGUAGCAAGGAGCUUUACAGAGUAUUUGAGCUUUGCGUUUGGACAAAAUGAUCCAAAUGUGUGGAGAGUGGAAGUCCAUGGAUUGCCAAAGGAUUAUAACAUGUUGGAUUUUCCAGCUGUGGCUCUCAUUCUUCUUCUCACUCUGUGCUUGUGUCAUAGUACAAAGGAAAGCUCACUAUUGAACCUCAUUAUGUCAGUCUUCCAUGUGAUUUUCUUUGGAUUCAUCAUAGUUGCUGGUUAUUGCAAUGGAAGUGCCAAAAACUUGGUUAGUCCAAAAGGACUAGCUCCUUUCGGUGUUAGAGGUGUACUUGAUGGAGCAGCAAUAGUGUACUUCAGUUAUAUAGGCUAUGAUUCAGCUUCAACCAUGGCCGAGGAGGUUAAAGAUCCUUUUAAGAGCCUACCCAUUGGAAUUGUGGGUUCAGUUCUUAUAACAACUUUGCUUUAUUGCCUAAUGGCUGUGUCUUUGUGCAUGAUGGUUCCUUACAACAAGAUAACAGAGAAAGCAUCAUAUUCAAUAGCUUUCCUCAAAAUUGGUUGGAGUUGGGCUAGCAAUCUUGUUGGUGCAGGUGCAUGUUUGGGUAUAGUGGCUUCUCUCUUGGUUGCAAUGUUAGGCCAAGCCAGGUACCUUUGUGUUAUAGGAAGGGCAAGGUUGGUUCCAUCUUGGUUAGCCAAAGUGCAUCCUUCAACUGGCACCCCAUUGAAUGCCACAGUUUUUUUGGGACUUUGCACAGCAUCUAUUGCACUUUUCACUGAGCUUGACAUUAUAAUUGAGUUGAUCAGCAUUGGCACGCUCUUGGUGUUCUACAUGGUAGCCAAUGCUCUUAUAUACCGCAGAUAUGUAAUCACUAACCAUACCCCACCUUUGCACACUCUCUUUUUCCUGUUUCUCCUUUCUCUCAGUGCACUAUGCUUCUCCAUGGCAUGGAAAUUCAAGCAGCAAUGGUGGGGUUUGCUACUAUUUGGUGUGUUCAUGAUCACUAUCACAGCCUUCUUCCAACACGUGGUGCCUAUUAGCAUUGCUCAAGAUGGUCAUUGGUAUGUGCCAUUCAUGCCAUGGCCAGCUGCCAUGUCCAUCUUUCUUAAUGUUUUCCUCAUGACCACACUCAAAAUCCUCUCUUUCCAACGGUUUGCUAUAUGGGCAUGCUUCAUUACCAUCUUCUAUUUGCUCUAUGGUGUUCACUCCACCUAUCAAGCAGAGGAGAUUGAGAUGGUUGGUGUUAAUGAAGUGAAUUCAAGUGCAAUCAGCUUACAAACUAAGGUAGAAAUUCAAGUGCAUUAGUUGAAGCAAUUUCUGCUUCACUAGUUGGUAAAAUCAAGAAAACAUUAUGUACAUGGUGGGAAAGAGACAGAAUGGAUUUUCUAAAGGGAUGUUGCACUGGUGAAAUCGCUAUACAUCAUAUAAAGAGGCAAACUCUUCAAGCAACAAUCAUUCUUUAGUAGUGGGAAAAGAUGAUUCAGUGGGCGCAAUAUUGAGUCUUUUGAAUAGUACUGAUAACAUAACACUUCUAUGCUUUGUCAUUUCGGUAGCACAUCAAAUUCAAAAGUAAGGUGGUGGGUCAAAAAAGAGUGAGAGUGGGUUUUUAACAAUCUCUUCAAUAUCUUUGGAAGGGAUGGGUUGAAUAAAGGAGUAGGACUACCUGUAAAAUCUUAGACGGGGACAUAAAAGUGUAUAGGAGGGUUGUGUUCCUCGUACCUUUCUCUUUUUUUCUUUUGUUGUUUUUCUCAGAAUGAGAACAUUACUAUCAUCACUAUACCUUUAAUUUUCUUCACCAUA